AUGUCCAACAACUUCGCUGAUCAAUACAUUCACCAUAACGACGAGCCCCUUGGCCUUCGCCAGGCUCAGGCUGCGGACGCCGCCAACGCGGGUAACGUCCACGAUGCCGCCCCCGAGGUUGCUCCUCAGGCCCACUACGAGCCUCCGUCGGAGCCCUCGAACACCAACUUCUCGGACUCCACCCGCUAUGCCCCUGACGCGGGUGCUGCCCCGACCGGUGGUGCUCCCUACGACAACAGCCCCAUGUCGCCCGAGGCCGAGCGUGCUUUCCACGACAUCCUCUACCCGUCGGACAUUUACACCUCGAACGGCACCUAUUGGGCUGACCUUCCCCUGAGCGAGCGUAUUUCGUUCUGCUCGCGCCAGUCGAACGCUGAAGCCCGCCGCGAGCUCGGUGUCAUUGGCCGCAUGUUCAAGAAGGACCCCUUCAGCCCUAUCGCUGCCUACUUCGGCACCUACGUGCAGAAUGGUAUGGGCAUGUUCGUUGAGGGUUACACCCUCUUCUCGGUUGGUAACAUCAAGCCCCUGUUCUCGUCUGCUUGGCCCGCUUGCUGGAAGCCCCCGAAGGGCGUUACGCCUCAGUGCAACAAGAACUGGAUUGCCGCUGUUGACUACCUUGAGAUUAUCGGUAUCAUUAUUGGUCAGAUUCUUGUCGGUUUCGAGGGUGACUGGGUUGGUCGUCGCUUCGGUAUGGUUCAGGAUGCUCUUAUCAUGACUCUCGGCUCCGUCAUGCUUACCUGCAUGUGGGGUACUACUCUCAACGGCUGGGUUAUCUGCUACGCUUGGUGUCUCUUUAUCUACGGUAUCGGUGUCGGUGGUGAGUACCCCAUGACGUCUACCCGCGCCAUGGAGGGCUCGUCCGACCGCUACGCUACCUCGACUGGUGACCGUAUGCACCGUGGCCGUAACGUGCUGCUCGCUUUCUUGAUGCAGGGUUGGGGUCAGUUCUUCAACCAGGCCAUCCUUAUCCUGCUGCUUCUAAUCUUCCACCACGGUUCGCUCAAGACCCCCAUCUCGAAGGUGGCCGUUCAGUGGACUUUCCGUGUUUCGUUCGCCUUCAUUGCUGCCUGCACCCUCUAUCUUGUGUACUACCGUUACUACAAGAUCUCGUACACCGACCAGAGCCUGCGUGAUGCCAAGCAGCGUCUCAACACUUCGGGCUACGACGUCAAGUCGCUGAAGCUCGCCAUGGGCCACUACUGGCACCGUCUGUUUGCUUCGUGCUUCGGCUGGUUCGCUAACGACUUCUUCUUCUACGGUAACAAGAUUUUCUCGGGUGUCUUCAUUGCUCUUAUCACCACUGGUAAGACUUCGGGUAGCUCGCCCUCGUCGCUCCAGGUCACUUGGCUGUACAACCUGAUCAACGUCGGUGUUCAGCUGCCCGGUUACUACCUUGCUGCUAUCCUUGUCGACAACAAGCUCUACGGUCGCAAGUGGAUGCAGGCCGUUUCGUUCACCUGCACUUUCGCCCUGUUCUGCGGUGCCACCUUCUCUUACGAGAAGCUCACCACCUCGGGCCCUGGUCACCUUAAGGUCUUCCAGUUCAUCUUCUUCUUCUCUUCGUUCUGGAACCAGUUUGGUUACAACUCGACCACCUUCCUGGUCGCUGCUGAGAUCUUCCCUGCCUCGAUUCGUGCCACUUGCCACGGUUUCUCGGCUGCUUGGGGUAAGAUGGGUGCUCUGCUCCCCACCAUUAUCUACAACUACGUCGACAACCAGACCAAGUUCUACAUUGUCACCUGGUUCGGUCUCGCUGGUCUUAUCUGCACCGUCGUCUUCCUGCCCGACACCACCGGUCUUGACCUGCGUGAGCAGGAGCGCUACUGGGAGUACGUUUGCAACGGCCGUGGACAGGACUACCAUGGUGUUGCCGUCCACCCCCAGCACCUGUCGCUCUUUGAGCGCGUCGUGCUUAAGCGUCACCUUGCCUACAACCCCCAGCUUGAUGCCCAGCAGAAGACUGAGGAGUUCCGCGCCAUCUACCACUCGUCGGUGCAGCGCGAGAGCAACGCUGAGGACCUCACCAUCCAGCAGCAAGAGUUCCUCAACAGCGAGUUCGGCUCGAAGUACGCUCGCGACCCGAAGCUGUUCGGUCAGGCUCAGCCUCAGCGGACCUUCCACUCGAAGCUCGACUCGGUUGAGAAGCAGCUUUAA